AUGUAUGGACUGCCUAGCUUGGUCAACGCUCUCAUUAUGACAUCCAUUCUGAGUGCUGGUAACGGCCUCCUUUACUCUGCUGCUCGUACCUUACACGGGAUGGCGCUCGAAGGGCAUGCGCCACGAAUCUUCUCUCGUUGCACAAAGAAGGGUGUCCCUAUCUGGGCGCUCCUCUUCUCCUUGUGCUUCUGUCUCCUUGCUUUCUUGCAGGUCAAGAGCUCUUCCGGAGUAGUGUUGACUUAUCUCGUCGACCUUGUUACCAGUUGUCAGAUGCUCAACUACGGCUUCACAGCACUCACGUACCGUUAUUUGUACUCGGCACUGAAGAAGCAAGGGGUUUCAAGAGAUACACUGCCGUACAAAGGAAGAUUCCAACCAUACACUUCUUACCUGGCCAUGGGAGGCACUCUCUUUAUGCUCCUUGCAGGCGGCUACAAUAUUUUCCUCAAGGGUCAAUGGAGCGUGAUGUGGUUCUUCCUGACCUAUGCGAUGAUCGGUUUCUUCAUCGUUGCCUUCGUAUUUUGGAAAAUGGUCUUCAAAACCACUUAUGUCCGGCCUGGCACAGCGGAUCUGAGUUUGGGAGGCCUGAGAGANGAGAUUGAUGCUUAUGAGACUCUCUUGAUUCCGAGAGAUCCUGGUAGGGUCGGGAGGAUACUGAACAAGGUGUUCGAGUGA